ACUCCUCAAGCCGACAUAGCCCUGAAUAUAAAAUCAGAUUCUGCGCGAAGUGAUCGUGCCCCUUUUUCUUUGGGUGUGAUUUAUUCAAACUGUCCAGAUUUAUUCCUCCAAGACACAGGCACGGGCAAUUCUAUAAGCAUAAAAACAGCACGACCGAAAUGACGCGACCGGUCCGGCACUGGCCGGGUGGCAUAGCCCGCAGCAUCAAACGGCACCCCGAGGAUGACCUGUCCCUUGAUCAGAUGAAGGAGGAGAAUUGGGUUCGUCGUUCCGAGGCGGAAGACGAUGGGGAUUAUGAAUUGCGCCAACGGCGGAAGCUCGUCGAGCAAUGGGCCUCGGCAACACAGGAGUUCCGGGAUAGUUUUCAUAAUCGCGCACCCAUUGGCCUUCCCGGAACAGAGAGCGAUAGUGAGGUCCUGGGAGGGUUGCGAUACCCGGCCGAGGCCCUAGAGCGCAUAAACGACACCCAACAGCCCUGCGACCUAAGAGCGCGAUGGAUGAAAUUCGUCAUUCUGCUCUAUGGGUACGGUAUGGAGAUCACUCACUGUCUACAAACUCACUACAUGCCCUCAGAAGCUGUGCCAAACCCAGCCACCACGAGAGGCCCAUUUGCGCUUGUUGAUGAGGAGGGGCUACGAACAGGCCGACUUUCCCUGACUGCAUUUAGGACUAAUGGUGACGUCGAGGACUCUGUUCUCAUUCGGCCUUUCAAUAUGCACAAGCCUUACCUGCAAUAUGGUACGCUUGGAAAAGGACUAGACGAUGCAAAGGGCGCUGAGGGGGCAUUCACACCUCAGAACCAAUCGCUCAAUAUGGAUUUACCUAUUCUCGACAUCCUUGAGAUGGUCUUGGGCGAUCGCGAUCAAUGGAAAGAGGACGUUGAACGAUACACACCCGGAUUCUUGGCCCUUGAAGCAAUCGGCAGGGGUGCAGAGUACGAUCUGAAUCUUCUGACGCCUGGCGGUGACCUUGGAGGUGGUGUGAAACGAAGAAUGCUCAGGAAAAUGGCGUCUGGUGUGGACCCGCGCUUUAGAGUUCUUCCUGGGUUGCGCUUCUAG